AUGUCUCGAUUAAUUGUGAAGAAUCUACCUAAAAAUAUUACUGAAGAGCGUCUCUGUCAAAUUUUCAGUGUAAAGGGUCACAUCACAGAUUGCAGCUUAAAAUAUACCAAAGAGGGAGUGUUCCGUAAGUUUGCUUUUAUUGGUUACCGAAAUGAAGAAGAUUGCUCUUCGUCCAUCAAUUACUUCAACAACACCUAUAUUGACACCUCAAAAAUCCAGGUGAGCCAAGCUUUUAACUUUGGAGAUGAAAAUAAGCCUCGAUCAUGGAGCAAAUAUUCCAAAGACAGUUCUUCAUAUCAGAAUCAAUUUAUGAACGACAAAAUACUGCCAGUGAAAGAGAAAAAGGAUAAAGACAAAAAGAAGAAAGAUAAAGAAGAAAAAAUGAGGGAUAUUAUUGGAGACUUAUAUGAAGAUCCAGAGUUCUUAGAGUUUCUUGAAACACAGAAGAUAUCAGGAUCUGGUAACAAAAAACUUGUUUGUGCAAUAAUAUUGCUUUCAUAUAAACACAUUUUGGUGCUAACUAAAUGGGUCAUCCAUCUUUUUUUUUUCUUUCUUUUUUUCUUUCUUCUUUUUUUCUUUCUUUUUUCUUUCGUUUUUUUCUUUUUCUUUCUUUUUCUUCUUUUUUCUUUCUUUUUCUUUUUUCUUUCUUUCUUUUUUCUUUUCUUUUUUUCUUUUCUUUCUUUUUUUUUCUUUUUUUUCUUUUCUUUCUUUUUCUUUUCUUUCUUUUUUUUCUUUUUUUUUUUUUUUUUCUUUUUUCUUUUCUUUCUUUUUCUUUUCUUUCUUUUUCUUUUCUUUCUUUUUUUCUUUUCUUUUUCUUUUCUUUUCUUUUUUUCUUUUCUUUCUUUUCUUUUUUUUUUUUUUUCUUUUUCUUUUCUUUUUUUUUUCUUUUCUUUCUUUUUUCUUUUUUUCUUUUCUUUUUUUUUCUUUUCUUUCUUCUUUUUUUCUUUCUUUCUUUCUUUUCUUUCUUUUUUUUUUUUUCUUUUCUUUUUCUUUCUUCUUUCUUUUUUUCUUUUUCUUUUUUUUUUUUUUUUUUUUUUUCUUUUUUUUUUCUUUUCUUUUUUUCUUUUUUUUUUUUUUUUUUUUCUUUUUCUUUUCUUUCUUUUUUUCUUCUUUUUUUUUUUUCUGGAAAUAUUUUCACUACAUCAUGAAGCUGUUACUCAUGUUAAUCAAGAGGCUGAGUUUCAACCUGUCCGGCAUUCUGUACGUGUAAAAGGUUUAAUUGGUCGAUAUCACAGUGUUACUCUAACAGAAUUCUUCCAUCCUUUAAAAGUGAAAGUAGUAAAUAUUCCACAAGGACCUAAUCAUAGACGUUUGGGAAUUGCUUUUGUUGAAUUUUAUUCAAAAGAAGAUGUGAAAGAGGCUUUGAAAAAGCAUGAAGGAUUUAUUAAUGGACAUAAAGUGAGUGUCAAGAAAUGUAAAGGGAGCUGUGAUGAUGAUGAUGAUGAUACUUCUAAACCAUGGGAAAGAAAAAAUGUCCAACCAGAUGAAGAGGAAGAGGAUCUUGCUGAGUCUGGAAGAUUAUUUGUGCGGAACCUGUCCUACAGCAGUACAGAAGACGAUUUGGAAAAACUGUUUGGAAAAUAUGGUAGCUUGACUGAGGUUCAUCUCCCAGUAGAUUCUUUAACAAAAAGACCAAAAGGUUUUGCUUUUAUUACAUAUAUGAUUCCUGAGAAUGCCGUGACUGCAUACUCAGAAUUGGAUGGAUCAGCUUUCCAGGGUAGAAUGCUUCAUCUACUUCCCAGUCUGAUGAAGAAAGAAGAAGAAAGUAACAGAACUGGAAGAAUAAAAGGUUCAUCUUACCAAUUAAGUAAAUUGCAAAAACAGAAAGAACAGGCCAGCAGUUCUCACAAUUGGAACAGCUUAUUUCUGGGUGCUAAUGUGGUGGCUGACCUCAUGGCCGAGAAAUAUGGAGUGGACAAAAGUGAGAUUCUUGAUCCAGAAUCCAGAGAAAGCAUUGGUGUGCGUAUGGCAUUGGGUGAGACCCAGAUUGUGACAGAAACAAGAGAAUUUUUGAUUGAGAAUGGGGUCUGCUUGGACAGCUUUAGCCAAGCUGCAGCUCCCCGGAGCAAAACUGUGAUAUUAGUAAAAAAUCUUCCAGCUUCAACCAAACCUUCUGAAAUUUGUAAUGUAUUUUCAACUUAUGGCACUCUUGGUCGAGUAGUGCUUCCUCCUUCUGGAAUCACAGCAAUUGUAGAGUUCCUCUCUCAAUCAGAAGCCAAAAAAGCCUUUAAUAAUCUGGCUUAUACAAAGUUCUUACAUAUUCCACUGUAUUUAGAAUGGGCUCCAAUGGGAACAUUCACCAGCCCAACACGGUCAAAAGAAAAGUCUACAGAAACGAAUACAACAGAAGAAAAUAAAAAUUCAAAGAAAGAAAAUGAUGACUCUUCAGAUGGUGACAGUGAUAUUGAACCAGAAAGUGUCCUUUUUGUCAAAAACCUGAAUUUUGAUACAACCGAAACUGCACUGAAAGAAGUGUUUGAGCAAUCUGGUCCAAUCAGAAAUGUUAUUGUAGCUCGAAAGAAAGAUUUGAAAAACAAAGGUCAAAUGCUUUCUAUGGGUUAUGGAUUUGUGGAAUACAAACAAAGCCAGUCAGCACAUAAAGCUAUGAAAAAAUUACAACACAUAGAACUUGAUGGACAUCAACUUGAAAUUAAGAUUUCAAACAGAGUUUCUUUGCAAAACAAAGUUGAGGGCCAUAAGAAACAAGAAAAGAAAAAACAAAAAACUUCAAAGAUUUUAGUACGCAAUAUUCCAUUCCAGGCGACAAAGAAAGAAAUAAAGGAAUUAUUCAGUGUUUUUGGAGAACUGAAAAUUGUUCGUUUACCAAAGAAACUUGUUGGAACUGGACCUCAUCGAGGAUUUGGUUUUGUUGACUUUGUUAGCCGCCAUGAUGCCAAGAGAGCUUUCAAUGCUCUUUUGCCACAGCACACAUUUGUAUGGUCGCCGUUUGAUGAACUGCGUAAAAAGACUGCUGAACAUUUUUAUGAAGAAAUUCCUAAAAAGAAGUUCAAAAAGGCUAGUAUCAUGGCUGACUUAAAAGGGGAAAACUGA